AUGUGUUUUGCAAUCCUUCUUUCCGCUCUUAUCAUCUGUCUUGCUUGGGCUAUACAGCACAAACUUUACGCCUUACUUCAGUUUGUCGCUAAUCUUUUCGAACUCCUUGGUGCCUUGCUAGAAGGAAUAGCUAAACUCCUUAUGAAGAUCUGCGGCAUUACGAUUAACGUUGCUCGCGCCGCCCUUCUAAGCCCGCAGGUAGCUCUCUUCACCAACUACACGAACGCCACUAUUAGAAAUAUCAUGUCUAUCCCAGCAUGGUCGACAAAACUCCUCUUCUCAAACUACAUCCAGAUGCUUAAUGAUCAGCCCAAUGUUCCCAGUCAACACAAGGAAAUGGAACACGCCGCCACGAGUGCUGCUCAGAAAGUGCUGACACAGUGCCACGGACGAACGCGAGAGCAAAAAAGGUGCAAAAACCGCAAGUUAUUGCUAGAGGGAGGUCAAUACGACUGUGGAAAGCAUUCUGGUUAA